AUGGCUCUAGUCGAACUCGCAGAGACGAACCCCAUCCUGUUACUUUUGGAAGAAGCUCUCCACAAAUACCUCACCUGGCUAAGUGAUGACCAGAAGGCAGAACUGAAGUCACUCAAAGAAAGCGGUGAUAGGGAAACUAUCUACAAGAAAGUCAUGGAGUACUUUGAAGGUGUCAGUGGAGAUAAGAAGGAAAAGGCCUCAGAAGAGCUUCAGGCCGCUUGCAAGCAUUACAUAAAAGAGAUUCUAGGAGAGGAGAAGGCCGCUGAAUUCCGUGCUAUGAAGGAAAGUGGGACAAAGGUGGACGAGAUUGUUAAGAAGAUUGAAGAAGCCAUCGAUGAGCUCACCGAUGAAGGCGCCAAGUCGAGGGCCAAGAAGGCAUCAACAGCAUGUAAGCGUAUUUUUGGCGUAGUACAUCGUGUGAGGAGGGACGAGCAACACCCUGUCACCCUCGAAGAAGCCCUGGACAAAUAUCUCACCUGGCUAAGCGAUGAUCAGAAAGCGGAACUGAAGUCACUCAAAGAGAGCGGUGAUAAGGAAACCAUCUAUAAGAAAGUCAUGGAGUACUUCGAAGGUACCAGUGGUGAGACGAAAGACAAGGCCGCAGAAGAACUGAAGGGCGCUUGCAAACAUUUCAUCGAAAAACUCCUGGGAGCUGAGAAGGCGGCCGAAUAUCGUGCUAUGAGGGAAAGCGGUACGCCAGCAGAAAAAAUUGCGGAAAAAAUAGAAGAAGCCAUCGAUGAGCUGACCGACGAAGGCGCAAGAACAAGGGCUAAGAAGGCCUCAGCUGCAUGCAAGCGUAUUUUCGGCGUAGUACGUCGUUUCAGGAGGGACGAGCAUCAUCCGGUCACUCUUGAAGAAGCUCUUCACAAGUACCUCACCUGGUUGAGUGAUGACCAGAAAGCGGAACUGAAGUCGCUCAAAGAAAGCGGUGAUAAGGAAACCAUCUAUAAGAAGGUCAUGGAGUACUUCGAAGGUACCAGUGGUGAGAAAAAAGGAAAAGGCCGCAGAGGAGCUCAAGUCCGCUUGUAA